AUGAAACCCUUACUCACUGAACGAAUUUCAGGAACAUCAGGGAAUGAGCAAGUGCGAGAGUUUAUCAUUCAGCACUUUGAACGCUUAGGUUGGCAUAUUGAGCUAGAUAAUUUUACAGAUAUGACACCUUAUGGCUUAAAGAACUUUACCAACAUCAUUGUUACGCAUAACCCUGACAAGCCAACGCGACUUGUAUUAGCAGCUCACUUUGACUCCAUGUACUCUCCUGACUUUAAGUUUAUUGGAGCAACAGAUAGUGCAAUACCAUGUGGACUGCUGAUGGAUACAGCAGAGACAUUAAACGAUAUUUUAUCAGAUACAACCAAACACUUUAGACAAAAAGAUAAGACGGUUCAAAUGAUAUUUUUUGAUGGAGAAGAGGCAUUUAGGCAGUGGAGCGCUACAGAUUCCAUUUAUGGUGCAAGACACCUUGCUGAAACAUGGGAGUCAUCUUAUCUCGUUAAUGGAAACAAAGUCUACAAGAACAGACUAGAUCAAAUCGAAGUACUUGUACUAUUGGAUCUAUUAGGUGUGCCCAAUGUUCAGUUUCCAAAUUAUUACAGAUCAACAAGUUGGCUAUUCUAUAAGCUUAUCAGUCUUGAAAAUAGACUAAAAGCACAAUCUUUACUAAACACAAAAUCAAGGAAAGGAGAGGAAUUAAUUUCAUUCUUUAAUCCAAACUCAAUGCUUACCUUUCGAGGUGAAAGUAUAGGAGAUGAUCAUGUCCCAUUUUUACAGCGCGGCGUAAAUGUAUUACAUUUGAUUCCCUAUCCAUUUCCUUAUGUUUGGCACACUAGAGCUGAUACAGCAGAAUGUAUAGAUCAAUCCGUAGUCGAAAACUAUGCAGCCCUUUUUCGUGCUUUUACUGCAGAAUAUUUGGAAAUAGACCCUUUACCACAUAAUGAAUUAUAA